GGGCCGCUCAGUCGUGGGUUGGCAGGCGAUCGGUUGGCACGCAGGGCUUUGGCAGAGGAAAGGGCUAGCGGGAACCGUACAGGGGCGAUUGCGAUGGGUAUGUGGUCUCCGAAGGUGACGGCGCUGCUGCUGGGCGCGGCGUGGUUGGCGGCAGCGGCCGCUGCAGACGCCGAGCCGCAGCGACUGCCUGACACGUCGGGCAUCACUGGCGAGCUGACUGCCAGCUACGGCGUCGACGGGUUCUUCUCGCUGUGGCUCGUCUUCAACAAUGACGACAACGUGCACAUGUCAGAGGAGCCGUUCACCAUCUUCACCCCGCUGAACAACAACGACACGCAGCCGGCGGCGGAGCGCCUGCUGUCGCAGCCGGCGCAGCUGAAGCGGCUCCUCCUCGACCACAUCGUGCUGGGCGUGCGCCUCGACCUCAGUCUCAGCUCUGCGAUCCACGUGACCGCGCUCGGUGGCAGGACCAUCCACGUGCGCAGGAUCAACGGCACGCAGUACGCGAACGGCGCGCGAGUGGUGCUGGAGCGCGUGGACGUGCCCGGCGGCAUCCUGGUGGUGGUGGACGGCUACCUGUUCCCGGAGGACCUGGAGGCGGAGGCGGCGCCGCCCGCCGCGCAGUCGCUCGUCAAGGUGACGGCGCCCCCAGCAGCCCCCACUGCGCCAGCGCCCGGCCACGACGCCAACUCCACCUUCCUCGAGAACGUCAGCCACGUGCUCUCAUUCCUCAAGAGCGGCGUCCGCGUCUUCAGGGACUUCCUCUCGCGCUCCAACGUCUCCCAGCUGCUCAAGGACGGUGAAGAGUACACAGUGUUUGUGCCAAUCGACAAUGCUUUCCAAAGGUGGCAUCCUAUUGACUGGGGGUUUUAUCCCUUCUCUGUGCCAGAAUUCACAGAAAGUAUCAUGAUCAACCACUUCGUGAAAGGGAACCUACGUCAAAAUAAGAUAAAAGAUGGGCAAACAGCAGUAACAUUGGGAGGGCGUGAAAUUCACUUUUCUAAAGAACCAAAUUCUGGACUUUCUGUGAAUGGAGCAGCUAUUGUAAAUGGUGAUACUCCUGUGUCUGGUGGAAAUAUAAUGUUCAUUGGAGAAGUUUUAUUUGUAAAUGAUGGAGUAGUGCAGCGACUUCACAUGGAAAAUAGGGAUAAAGAAACACCACCUCUCCUUGCCUUCCCAUGGUUUGGCUCCCAGUUUUUGUCACAUGCAUUUCUUGCACUGGAGGAAAAAGAGCAAUUUACACACAUUACCAGAUUUGUAAAUUUGGCUGAUCUGGCUCCACACAUCACUGGUUCAGGAUACACAUUCUUUGUACCAACUGAUGAAGCAUUUGAACGUCUGGGAAUUGAUAAAAUGCCAAACAACUAUCUUUCAACUGGAGAUGGAUUUCAGGUUCUGCUCAAUCACUUUGUAAAGGGCAGACUUUACAAAAGAGAUCUCACUGAUGGUAAACAGUUCCUUACUUUGGGGAAUAAGACACUGCACAUCAGAAGACAUGAAGAUAACAUCACUGUGAAUGAUGCAAAUAUUGUGGAAAGUGAAGUAUUUGUUUACAAUUUGGGAACAAUGUACUACAUUGACCAUGUGCUGUUCCUAACAAAAGCUGAUAUUCCUACAACAACAGAUUUGUCAACAACUACUGAUGAUGUCACAGUCACAUCAACUACAGAAUACUCCACAGAUGUUGAAAGUGUUCCCAGUGAGUUAGUGGAAGAGAAUGGAAAUCUCACUGACAUUUUGUUGGAAGAGUUAGACACACCUGCCACAUCAGAAAGUAAUGAUUUGCUGGAUACUGAAAUGGGUUCUAGUCUGAAGAAUACUUUGAACAGUGAUGCUACUACUAGUGGAAGUGUGUCACUGCAAAACAAAAGUUCAGCUGAACCACAACACUAAAUAAGUAGGAAACACAGUUGUGGCAUGUACUGAGACUUUAAGUACAAAUUUGGGUUAUAACUGAGAUACCAGUGUCAUGUCUUGAGUGCAUCAAACAACGAAUUAGUUGUAACAUUUGUACUGAAGAAUGGAUAACAGGACAGUUUGCAAUGAAUGAAUGUUCCCUUUCAUUUUAGGGAGAAUGUAGCCAUGUGGCUGAUAGACUGAAGAGUGACGUAUGUUGACUGAAUUGAAAAUGUGUCCAGUAUGAUGUAAAUGGAACUGUUCUAAACUGCACAGGAAACAAAUAUAUCCAUAUAGAGAUAGUUAAAUAUAAGUGUAAGUAAUAAGUGUCAACAAUACAUAUAUUAGCAUAUCAUUGUUACUUUAUCCCAUACUUCAGAGUAGCCAGCAAUGUAAUGUCCAUAAACACUCAUUUCUCAUUUUCUGAUCUGAAUCAUCAUUUAUACAAAGAAUAUGUGCAUCAUAGAUAUUUUCAAUGGCAUUUUAUCAAGCAGAUACAAUACUACAUAAUUUCUUUUGUAAAAAAAUCGUCCAAAAUAAUGUAUUACAUAUAAUUUAUUAAUGU